AGCGCUUACAAAAUAAUAGAAACUUCACUCAGAUUAUCAAUCCCACCAGUCUUCUCAAAUGACCCUAAAAGCGGCGCGACUGAGAUGCUUGAUAGUUUAGUUAUGAGAUACGUUCCAGCUUUGGGUGCAGUUUUACUCACACACAUAAAUACACAAUUCUCACAAUCUGCCGGUUUAAUUCUCGAUGAGAGUCCAUUUAGCGUUACAGACGUAAAGUUCACUGCCUUGGUUUGGUCACCGACGAAUGGUCAGCGAAUGCGCGGUAAAGUAACACUCUGUUCACCAGAUCACAUUAGUUUACUCGUACACCAUACCUUCAACGUUACUAUUCCACGAGAGUACAUCGAUUGCGAUAAUUUCAAGUACGCAAGUGAUUCUUCUGAGACAGGAAGUGGUGGUAGAUGGGUUCACAAAUCAUCCACUCAGGUGCUUGCGGAGGUUGAUCGCGAGCUCGACUUUACUGUCGUUGAGCGUGUAACUAGCAACCAAAUGCUCACAUUGACCGCAAGUUUGCUCGAC